GUUGCCACAGAGGCCCUGGCUCUUUCAGCUGAGGAGCGUCGGGGAGAGGGAUCCACCUGAGGAGCACAGGUUUGACACAGUUGGGCUGCAUCCAGCUUCGAGUAUCGCUGUGGCUUCCUGCGGGGAGCUGGAGUCGCUGAUAACUAAUGAGGAUAAAGUCGUGGGUAGAUAAGAUGCAAGAAGAUCUCGUAACAUUAGCACGAACUGCAAGCGGAGUGGACCAGCUUGCUGCGAUUUACUUGAAAAACACAGAUUUGUAUACUGUAGAAGCCAACAACCCUCGUCAGCUAGUGGAAAUUGCUGCCAGAGACAUUGAAAAACUUCUGAGUAACAGGUCUAAAGCCUUGGUGCGCCUCGCUAAAGAAGCAGAGAAGAACCAAGCAUCACAUCAGUGGAGGGAUGAGUUUGGGAAUAAUGAUAUAAUCUAUUACAAUGCAAAAGAUGAUCAGAAUGAUCCUGAAAAGAAUGAUACUGAAUCUGGCAGCCAGAGAAUCAGACCAGUAUUUGAAGAUGAUCCUGUUUUCCGACGACAAACGUCUUACCAACAUGCAGCAGUCCACAUACCAACAGAUAUUUAUGAAGGCUCAACUAUAGUGUUAAAUGAACUCAACUGGACUGCAGCGUUGGAUGAUGUAUUCAAGCGGAACAGAGAAGAAGACCCCACUUUAUUAUGGCAGGUUUUUGGUAGUGCAACUGGCCUCGCUAGGUAUUACCCAGCUUCCCCAUGGGUAGAUAAAAGUCGAACUCCAAACAAAAUAGAUCUGUAUGAUGUUCGCAGAAGACCAUGGUAUAUCCAAGGAGCUGCAUCUCCCAAAGACAUGCUUAUUUUAGUUGAUGCGAGCGGGAGUGUCAGUGGAUUGACAUUGAAGCUGAUCCGCACCUCAGUCAUUGAGAUGUUAGAGACCUUGUCUGACGAUGACUUUGUGAAUGUAGUUUCAUUCAAUAAUAAUGCUCAGAACGUCAGUUGCUUUAAUCAUCUUGUCCAAGCUAAUGUGAGGAACAAGAAGAAGCUGAAAGAAGCUGUCUAUAAAAUCUCUGCUAAAGGAAUUACGGAUUACAAAAAAGGCUUUAGCUAUGCUUUUGAACAGCUGCUAAAUCACAGUGUCUCUAGAGCUAACUGCAAUAAGAUUAUUAUGUUGUUUACCGAUGGUGGUGAAGAAAGAGCACAAGAAAUUUUCCAUAAAUAUAAUGAAGACAAAAAAGUACGUGUGUUCACAUUUUCUGUUGGUCAACAUAAUUAUGACAAAGGACCGAUUCAGUGGAUGGCCUGUGAAAAUAAAGGUUAUUAUUAUGAAAUUCCGUCCAUUGGAGCCAUAAGAAUUAACACCCAGGAAUAUCUGGAUGUUUUGGGAAGACCAAUGGUUUUAGCUGGAGAGAAAGCCAAACAAGUCCAAUGGACAAAUGUCUAUCUGGAUGCUCUGGAGCUGGGCCUUGUGAUUACAGGAACUCUACCUGUCUUCAACUUAACAAAGGAACAAAAUGGGAAUUUAAAUCAGCUGAUUCUUGGAGUAAUGGGAGUUGAUGUCUCUUUGGAGGACAUAAAAAAGCUGACACCCCGAUUUACGCUUUGUCCAAACGGAUACUAUUUUGCGAUUGAUCCUAAUGGGUAUGUGCUACUUCAUCCAAAUCUCCAACCGAAGCAAAUUGGCGUGGGCAUACCAAAAGUUAAAUUGAGAAAAAGGAGACCCAAUGUACAGGAGCCUGUUACACUGGAUUUUCUAGACGCUGAACUGGAAAAUGAUAUUAAAGUUGAGAUUCGGAAAAAAAUGAUAGAUGGUGAAAGUGGAGAAAAAACAUUUGAAACACUGGUCAAGUCCCAAGAUGAGAGAUACAUCGAUAAAGGAAACAGAACAUAUACAUGGACUGCUGUGAAUGGCACUGAUUACAGUUUGGCAUUGGUGUUACCAUCAUACAGCUUUUAUUAUAUUAAAGCCAAAAUAGAAGAACCGAUAACUCAAGCCAGAUUGGCAAUGAAAAAGGUUUCGGAAACACUGAAGCUUGAUCAUUUUGAUGAAUCUGGAUAUACAUUUAUAGCACCAAGAGAAUACUGUAAUGAUGUAAAAAAAUCAGAAAACAACACUGAAUUUCUAUUGAAUUUCAAUGAAUUUAUUGACAGAAAUACUCCAAGCAGUCCAUCAUGUAAUACUGAUAUGGUCAUUAGAGUUUUGCUGGAUGCAGGAUUUACAAAUGACCUUGCCCAAAAUUAUUGGAGUAAACUGUCUCUUGAUGGAGUUGUUGCACAAUUUGUUGUUACAGAUGGUGGAAUUACUAGAGUGUUCCCAAAAAGGGCAGGAGAAGAUUGGUUGGAAAAUGCUGAAACUUAUGAAGUCAGCUUCUAUAAACGGAGUUUAGAUAAUGACAACUAUAUUUUCACAGCUCCAUACUACAACAAAAGUGGUGCCAAUAGCUAUGAAACAGGUAUUAUGGUAAGCAAGGCUGUGGAAAUAACAGUUAAUGGGAAGCUUCUGAAACCAGCAGUUGUUGGAAUAAAAAUUGACGCAACCAGCUGGAUGGAAAAUUUCACAAAAACCACAAUCAAGAGCCUGUGCAACAGUGAAAUCUGUGGCUGUGAAAGAAACAGUAUGCAUGUGGACUGUGUUAUCCUUGAUGAUGGUGGAUUUCUUUUGAUGUCAAAUCGGGAUGAAUAUACACAACAGAUUGGAAGAUUCUUUGGUGAAAUUGAUCCUGGCCUGAUGCGAAACCUGAUUAAUAUGUCCCUGUAUGCCUUUAAUAAGUCGUAUGACUAUCAAUCAGUCUGCGAUCCUGAAGAAGAACCAAAGCAAGGAGCUGGACUUCGUUCUGCUUAUGUGCCUACGAUAACAGAUAUUUUGCAUCUAGGAUGGUGGGCUUCGGCAGCUGCCUGGUCUAUCUUACAGCAGCUGUUUUUGAGCUUGACUUUUCCACGUUUCCUUGAAGCAGCUGAUAUGGAAGAUGAUGAUUUCAGUACUGCCCUGCCUAAAACAAGCUGUAUCACUGAGCAAACUCAGUAUUUCUUUGAAAAUGAUGAUAAAUCGUUUGGUGGGAUUGUAGACUGUAUAAACUGCUCCAGACUUUAUCAUGCAGAGAAGAUUUCAAACACCAAUCUAGUAUUCAUUAUUAGUGACAGCCAACUGCUGUGCCGCUCCUGUGACCCAAAGCCACUGAUGCAAGCGGAGAAGCCGGAUGAAGGGCCAAAUCCUUGUGAAAUGGUCAAACAACCUCGAUACAGAAAGGGUCCCGAUGUCUGUUUUGAUGAAGCCAAACAGGAUCAGCCUAUAUGCACAACGAGUCGUGCCUCUGCCAUGACGUCCGCUCCUAUCUUCAUUUUUCUGCAAGUUUUCAUGUGGUGUGGAUGGAAGAUUCGGCUGACUGCGGUGGUGUCUCUGGUUUGAGUCCAUCACUGUGGUCUAUGGUAGGAAUUCAGUUGGUCCUGCUCUGGCUGUUAUCUGGCAGCAGACACUGCCAGUUAUGACCUUGCUAAACCAAAACCUGCAUAACUUAUUCAAGACCCGGCCAAAACGAUAGCCUCAGUUUUAUUUAAAAAGGGUCAGCUAUUCAGACAGCAGUGGAACAGCAGUGCUCGUGUCUGGUUAUCACUCCUUGUGAGACUCAUAAAGGCACCAACAGUGGCUGCAUGUUGGAGUGUCAGAUCCUUAAACGUGUGAAUGCUGCAUCAUCUAUGCCAUCUGAACAGAAUUCUGUACGUGCUCCAUUGGGGAAUCUAAGAUUUUUUUUUUUUCAUUUGUUUGUUGUUGUAAUCUUGAUGACUUCAUGUAAAAGGGCUCCCCUGACAAUAGCUUAUGUAUGUGAUUUUCAUUUCUUUUAAGCUUUGGAUAUCUUGAAGAUUUAUAUUCUCUUACAUGAACAGUUAUUUAAAAAAAAAAACCACAACAACAAAAACAACAAGAAAAAAGGAAGCAUACUCCCCAAUAGACAUUAGUAGCACCAUGAUGGCUGCUUUGAACAUCAGUUUUGUCCAAACUACUGUAAAAUGAAAAUAUUGGCUAGUCUUCAUCAGAAGUUCAGCAUGAGUGAAAUGCUUUAUGAUGAGUGGCUUAUUCUUGCAAAAUGUAUCAUGUAGCCAGCUAAGUUUUGGUAGGUUGAUAAAUUGUUAUCUGGAAGGAAGCAAGCAAGCAAGGAAACUUUGAUUUUUAAAGAUAUAAAGGUGCUUGAGAGUUUGACUAAAAAGUGAUUCUCAUCUUAAACUUGGCGUCAUCUUCUGUCAAAAAUGUUAAUUUCCAUGUAAUAUUCACCUCCUUUUCACAAUGCAGUUAUAUAUAAAGCUAGUAGAAUCCUUCAAAGGCUCAAACAAAAAUGCUUGUGAAUAAAAAAUGUCUUUGUGAUAUUUGAACGUUGGUUUCCAAGGGUAUUUUGCAUGAUGAUGAUGCUAUGUUAUCGUUUUUCAGUUUGUUUUCUUUGAUGGUAUAGUAUAGUCCAUUGAAAAGGUAACUGAGUGAUUCUUUUAUUGUGUGAGAAACUGAACAUUGCAAUGUGUCGCAAUCAAAUCAUAUUAAAUUAUAUUACGAAACAGAGCUCUGAAUAUACUGUGCAAUGAAAAAGCUGAGAAAAAUAGGGUAAAUUUAGCUAUUGUAGCAAAAGAACUGAGUUGGAUUUUUUACAGAAUAGCGAUCUCACAUGAAAACCUUUGUACAGAUAUUUUAAGUAUAUAAAAAUCAGAUUUAACACAUUUAUUUUUGGAAGUAUAUGUUCUCUAAGGUUCAUAGCAGGUUCCCCCUUUGUUUCUUUUAUAUAAAACCACCCAUAAUAUUAAAACUUCUGCUGUUGCUAUUUAUUAUUGAAGAUAGCAUAUUUAACAGCAAAAUGUCCUCAUUGCUGAGAUUGGAAAACAUAUAAACAAAUGGGGAGCCUUGAAUCUAUAUGUAUGCACAUUGAUACUUGAUUGUGAAUAAUAAUUUUAGAAGUUGUUUUUAUACAACCUCAUUGGUGAUACAGAUUGGUGCAGUAAAUCACAAUAUUACAGUGUAGCAUAGUGUUGAUGCAAAAUAUUAUUUGUGCUUUUUUUCUAGUUUUCAGAACUAAACAGUAUUGCAAGACAGCUAAACCAAUGAAUGUGCAACUCUGCUGGUAUUGUACAAUUCUGCUAACAAACUGCAAUAUGCAAAUAUUAACAUGGCACAAUACACUAGCUCUUUAAAAAAAUAAGAAAAUGCAAAGCAUUGGUAUGUAUAUGCUGAUGAUUGAUAUAAUUUUGAUCAUGUCAAAAAGCUUAAAGAAAUAAUUGGGCAUGCAGUAAUAUCCUAUGAAAACUGAAGAAGCUACUCAAAGCCAUGGCAUGCUUAAAAGAUCAGGUGUCUGCUGUGGUUGUUGUACCCAUGGCUGGUUUGUUGUUUUGCUCAUGUACCUUGGCUCCAGCUAUGUUUUUUGGGGAAUACAGUGACUGAAAAAAAUAAAAUCUGACCUUUUAUUCAGUGGUCAGAUUUAGCUUUUUUUAAAAGUAUCUCUAGUAAAGUCAUGGGGUUCAAGUACAAUUAACUGUGUUGGAUGAUUUCAUGUCCUCCUCAGGGCAGGUAGCUGAUUUUGAUAAUAUGGCUGAAGAUAAUCUUGGAGCUCUUCCUUCCAGUCAUAUUACUGCACUUCAUCCUAUCACCAGUUAUCACCUGCAAAAAAUUGAUGUGAGUCUUUCUAAUUGAGACCGCAUCCUGUACUUUUCCUUAACAUGAUCAAUUGAAAUUUUACGGGAGGAACAAGUUUCAAAGGAUUAGGCCAAUACUUGCCACCCUCAUAGCUUUUACUCUAAGCUUACUUAAAAUACAUAUGAGUAUGCAUUUUGCUCUUGCAAUUUCUUGAAAGAUUGUCAGAAUAUUCUCUAUAGUUUUCACUUAGUUUCCCAAAGAAACCCUUCAUGGAAAAGUUACAUUAUUUAACAUUUUGGAACAAUUUGCUUAUGCUGGUAAGCCAUAUUUUGAGUUACCUAAUAAACAUUUGAUUGGAGUCUGUAGGCAGAAAGAAAGAUGGCACAAAGCCAUGCUGCCACAGAAAACAACCAUGGCUUUUGUUCUCAUCCCACGUCCCUUAGAGUGGUAAAACGCAAAAGGAGGGAGAAGCCCAUGACAUAGAGACACAUUAACCUUCUUGAGUUCUUCCCUUUGAAGAGGGAAAUGUCUCUUGUUCCUCUCCUCUGCCCCUCUAUAUGACCUGAAGAAACAUGUUUCUGUAUACACACUUGGCCUUCCAAACUUUAUACCCCUUUGAUAGAAAACUUAGGAGGCUCUGGCCCUCCCAGAAAGGCUUAGUACUGUCCCCAUAAAACUCAAUGCUUUAAAAAGGAAAAAAAAUGAAAUUUUGGCUUCUUUCUGCAGAAAACCAUAUAUAUUUUGAUUUUUUAAAAUGCACUACCUAGAUAUCUGCAAAUUGCAAAACAGAAAAUGGAAUGUGAACUUUAGCUAUCUCAAAAUGUGAAUACCAAUCUGUUAAAUAACUUGCAUGAAUAAAUACAUAUUCUCAUGCAGAAGAGUAUCCUUACUGUCACAUAAUGCAUAAUAGUCAUCUUCUUUUGUCUGUGAGAGAAUAAACUCGAUCCUAGGCUUUAAAUUACAUUUUCAAAUUACAAUAUAAUGUAAAAACUUUUAUUUGUUGAUAUUUGCUCAGAUCCUUUAAAUAGCACUAAGGGAAUGGAUGGGACUGUUUCAGUUUGCACAGAAGUCAUGCAGCCUAUUGUAUGUCUAGCAAAUAACCACCAUUAAAGUUGUUACAGCAUGGUAUUGUGCAUAACAUGAACCGAGGACUUAACAUGAAAGGUUUCUUUCUAGUUUUUCAUUUAAACAACCAGCAUUACUGCCAAAACACUGACCGUGGUCCAUAUUUGUAACAGGUUUUUAACAUGACAUAGCAGGUUUGAUUGACAAGAUUUUUAGGUCCCGUACCUUUAAGACUUUAGUAUGAUCUUUUUCAUGUUUCUAAUGCUUGAGGCUUUACUGCUUAACUUGACAAAAAAAAACCAGUGUUGCUGCCAUUUGUAAGUUUUCCUAUAAUAUUCCUUUUACUAACUUAAAAACUGGCCUUACUGGGUUCAAAUAGGCAGUAUCCCUUUUAAGUGACCUUUGCAACCCAAGUGUUACUUGCUGUGGUUGAGAGUUUUUCCGUAUCACUGAAACACUAUUAAGACCUUUUGUUUCCAUUAACACAAGCUCAGAAAACAUCCUUAGUAUGUCUUAAUUUCAAAACACAACCUCAGUCCCACAGGUCCUAAAAAGUCAGUUGCGAGCACACUGGUUAGUAAGAAGUAUAUUAUUGCCCACAAGGCACUGCAAUGCACUUGGGUGUUUUUGGAAUGUCGACUGAAGGUGAAAUCUUAAUAACUUUAUUUAGGAUAAGUUUUACCCUAGAUUCAUCGGACAUCCAAGCCUUUAACAAAGGCCAGAUUUUUUUUUUUUUAUACCACAAUGUUAAUAUUGUUAAUACUCAUUGUACACUACUGUAAAAAGAUUAAAACAAAGUGUCUGAAAACAAUUCAAGAGUUUUGAGAAGUUAGCCUCACCCUCUUCCCAGCUACUUGCAUCUGUCCUGUUUAUGGUUUAAAAGAAAAACAUCAUCUUGAAGAAAUAAUUUCACUGAGGCUAAAGGGAUACUGUCUUGUUCAGAUGCCAUGAAAUUGCGAUUGUGAUCUGACAAAGCUGUCUUCUUUUCUUGUGUUGUACGGAAUGUCUGGAUCAUGCUUUCUGGGAUAUUUUUAUUGAAAUGCUCAGUGUGCGUUUCUGCAAAAGAAGACUUGAUUGCUCUUACAGGGCAAGCAGGUCUUUCUCCCUUUUCUUGUGUUCUCUUGACACUUUUGUGGAACUUGACAAGCCUGGAAAAAUAAUUUUUUGUAAAAAUUUGUACAAUAAUGUUAUAAAAAGUUUAUAAUCCUAGAACUGUUGUGUUAAUUCUUGUGCAAAAACAGUAUAUUCAGAAUAAAAGUUUAUCAUUUAAAAUCAA